CCUGGCACAGAUGACAUACCUACUUUCCCACGCACUGGAUACGCUAAUGGAGUCCACAUAUGAUUCUAUGGCCAACCGUUUGGUAGAGAAGUUGAAAAGUCUCCCGAGAGAUGCCCGUAUAAUUAUUGCAAUCGCUGGUAUUCCUGGCUCGGGUAAGUCAACACUUUCGCAGCAAGUUAUUCAACGCGUGAACUUGCGAAUGAAGGCCGAUGUUGGUCGGGUGUUGCCGAUGGAUGGUUUCCACCUGUACAAAUCUGAGCUAGACAAGAUGGAGAACCCCUCGAUGGCACACGCUCGCAGGGGAGCACACUUCACUUUCAACCCCAACAAACUCUUGUUGCUGGUCCGGACCUUACGAGAGCGCCCACAUGACAUUGUAAUGGCUCCGUCCUUUGACCAUGCGAUUGGAGAUCCAGUGGAGAACGACGUUGAUAUUGGUCCUCAGCAUCGUAUCAUUCUUUUGGAAGGGUUAUAUCUUCAUACGGCGACGCCGCCGUGGUCGGACAUCUAUGCAUUGUGUGACGAACGAUGGUUUAUCCAGAUUCCCCUCGAGUUUGCCCGUGACCGGAUUGGCAAGAGACACGUCGCCACUGGGCUAGCACCGACUCUCGAGAUGGCGUGGCUUCGAUGGGACGAAAACGAUCGGCUGAAUGGCGAGUACGUUUUGAGAACACGAUUGCCAGCCACAUUUGAAAUUAUGUCGAUAUGUACAUGAAUCUUCUCUUUGCUACGCUAUUCUCCAUCCUUUGCUGCUAUCCCAUUGAAGUAUGGAUCUAGUUGUGGGCUCAUUAACAGAUUUACCAAGCAAUCGACUUUUGGAGACAUGAACUUACGCUGCAAAGCUCUCUCCGCACUGAUGCGCUUUUCUGGUUGAUAUUCAAUCAAUUUUGAAAGGAGAUCUAGACCGUGAGCAUCUAGUUUACUUGAUAUAGAUUCUAGAGAUGCUCGGGGGUAGAUGGGGAAGUCCGGCUAAGAAGUUAUGUAGGUUUAGAUGCACGCACAAGAGUAUGAAGUCACAGUCCUUCUCGACACCUUGUAAUCCGGCAAUUCCUUCACUUUCGGCCAGCUCUAAGUAAAUGAUAAGUUAGCUAUAUCACCUCACCUCAACAUGUCACUAUCAUGACCAGUACUUUUUCAUCAGGG